CACACCACACAACCAGGUUCUCGUACACCAGAAAGACUCCUCUCGGUCUCACCACACACUCUCUCUUUCUCGCUCUCUCUGAGCGGCGUGACUUCUCUCUUUCUCAGUAAACCGUUUUGCUUUCUCUCAUCUGCGAAGCCGAAGAACUGUGACGUGUAUAUCUAUCUCAUGCUUUUAAUUCCUUCUCUAAAUUGCUUAUAUAGAAUUUGUUUUUCCCUCUAACUUCUGCACUUCGGGAUUACUCUCUCUAGAAUGCAACCGACGCUGCGAGAUCUCCUUCAGCUGGAGGAGGUAAAUAACCAAGUGGCUCCUCUGCCGGCACUUCUGACAUUGCAGACAGCCGGGUCCUUGGCCAGCGGAGGUCUUACCAAUAAAGAAGCUCCGAAGGAGAAGCAGUCGCUCUCUCCAGUGAAAGAUGUGAAGCCGGAACAUUCACGAGUCACCUCGACGGAUGCCUCUACAAAUGAAGAGGCCUACGCUUCUGAAAUUUUGCUCCACCUUAAACAGAGCGAUAUUUCAAAUUCUCAAAUUGACUCCCAAGUGCCUGAGAAAUAUCUUGAAAAACUAGAUUCAAAAUCGAGCGAGACAUUUUCAGAUUUUAUAGUUCUUGAAGGUUCUAAUAUUAAUGAGAAACCUAUAGUUUCUGAAGAAACCGAGGGUUCAAAUUCCAUCGUUGAACCUCUGUAUUCUUCAGAUUUUGAGAAUUUAAAGACGACCUGCAAAUCUUUCUCUUCUGGUAAAGAACCUUCUAAAUCAGGCGAGAUUUCUGCAGAUUUCGCAAAGAAAUCAACAUUAGAGAUGACUGAGAAACCUUUAGGGUCGUUGGAACAAGAAGGCUCAAAAUUCUUUGAGAAAAAUCCAGACUCUUCAGGCAAAGGCGAAGCAUCGAAGUCCGAGGAAUGCUCUGCCGCUUGUGCUCUGGAGAUGAUGGGAGGCCGUCAGCAGGAAAAGGUUAAAAAGACCGUAAGAAUGCAGAGCAUCGACAUGGUUUCUGAUAACGUGCAUGUUGCAAAGCUCACGACGUUGAAGCCGUGUCCGAGCGUCGGCACGAAUCUGGAGGUCUUUGAUCUGAACAUGUCUCCUGGGAUAAGAUCGAACAGCGUUGGGCAUCAGGUGAGUGCGGAGAGUGGCGCGAUGGUGGAGGAGGCGUGGGAGAGGCUAAAUAAGUCUUACGUGUACUUCAAAGGAAAGCCUGUUGGGACUCUCGCCGCUGUGGAUCCUAGCGCUGAAGCUUUGAAUUACAAUCAGGUUUUCGUGAGAGACUUCGUUCCUAGCGGCUUAGCAUGUCUAAUGAAGCAUCCCCCUGAGCCUGAGAUUGUAAAAAACUUUCUCUUGAAGACUCUCCACCUCCAAGGUUGGGAAAAGAGGAUUGACAACUUCACUCUUGGAGAAGGUGUCAUGCCUGCAAGUUACAAGGUUCUCUUUGACACACAUCGCCAAAAGGACAUCCUGGUUGCUGAUUUUGGUGGCAGUGCAAUUGGGAGAGUGGCUCCUGUUGAUUCAGGAUUCUGGUGGAUUAUACUGCUUAGGUCCUAUACAAAAAGCACUCGUGAUUAUGCACUGGCGGAACUCCCAGAGGUUCAGAGAGGAAUGAAAUUGAUACUCAAUCUUUGCCUAUCAGACGGCUUUGACACUUUCCCAACACUCCUGUGUGCAGAUGGAUGCAGCAUGAUUGACCGGAGGAUGGGAAUAUAUGGGUAUCCAAUUGAAAUCCAGGCACUUUUCCAUUUUGCACUGCGGUGUGCACGGCAGAUGCUAAAGCCAGAGCGUGAUGGCAAGGAAUUACUUGAGAGGAUCGACAAGCGGGUCACAGCUCUCAGCUAUCACAUCCAGAAAUAUUAUUGGUUGGAUUUCACACAACUAAAUAACAUAUACCGUUACAAAACUGAGGAAUACUCCCGCACUGCUGUCAAUAAAUUCAAUGUCAUCCCAGAGUCUAUCCCGGACUGGGUAUUUGAUUUCAUGCCUUUGCGAGGAGGUUAUCUCAUUGGAAAUGUCAGUCCAGCUCGCAUGGACUUCCGGUGGUUUCUAGUUGGGAAUUGUAUUGCCAUUUUGAGUUCAUUAGUGACACCUGCACAAGCAACGGCGAUUAUGGAUCUGGUUGAGGAACGGUGGGAGGACUUAAUUGGAGAGAUGCCUUUGAAGGUCACAUACCCGGCAUUGGAAGGACACGAAUGGAGGAUAGUCACUGGAUGUGAUCCUAAGAACACGAGAUGGAGUUACCAUAAUGGUGGGUCUUGGCCAGUUCUGCUAUGGUUACUCGCAGCAGCAUGUAUCAAGGUGGGAAGACCACAGAUAGCAAAACGAGCGGUAGAACUAGUGGAGCAGCGUCUAUCGAAAGAUGGGUGGCCUGAGUACUAUGAUGGUAAGACUGGCCGGUAUGUCGGAAAACAAGCAAGGAAAUAUCAAACCUGGAGCAUUGCUGGCUAUUUGGUUGCUAAAAUGAUGAUAGAAAAUCCUUCCAAUCUUUUGAUAAUCUCUCUUGAAGAGGACAAGAAGAUAGCCAAGCCAAGGAUCGCCCGCUCUGCCUCAUUCUGAGAGGAACCAUAUAUACAAAGAUUUUGGAGAGAGUAAAUAUAAUUGCAGAUGAGCACUUUUUAACUGUUUUCUUUGGCGAUUAUUUGGUACA